AUGGCACAGCGAGUGAAAGUGUUAUGGUCCGAGGCCCUGGAUGAACCAAUGGCAUUGAAUGAACAUGAUACAAACGAGGAAAUGAUUAGGACAAAUGGUACGAGUCAAAGCAAAAAAAAGGUGAAAUCCAAGCACGAGAAAAGGAAGAAAAGGCAUCCAAAUGAUGUCAAGACGAAGCACGAUAUGGAUGCGACUGUGAGCUUUGACGACAGCUCGAGCAGCCACGAGUUGGACGAUGAGAACGAUACGUUUGGUGGUGCACGUUUUAUCAUGAAUGAUCUGGAGCGUGGGCUAGAGGAGAUCGCAGUCGAGGCUACGACAAAAGGGUUUACCAGUGUGCGAACGGAUAUCGCUCGAAAAGAAGAGAAGAAAGAGAUGAGAAAGAGUAAAAAUAGGAAAGAGAGAAGGAGUGAGAAUCAGGAGUCUGGUGCUGUUAUGGUCAAGGAGAGAAAGGAAAAGACGAGGAAAGUGAAGAAAACGUUGCAAGUACUGGAGACAAUGGACGUUGUUGCAGUCAAGAAAUCGGCGGGAAAAGCUCAGAAGAGUAAAAAGAAGCAGAGACAGGUGGACAUGAAGGCUGUUGUUGCUGAGGAAAGGUUGGAUCAAGAUAAGACAAAGGGUGAUAGAUUGACACAGGAUGAAAAGAAACACGAGAAGGUGCAGAGUGCAGUGAAAGAAGGAAAGGUUGGUGGUGGUAUUAAAGACGACAAGAAAAUGACAAGAAAGACUGGCACGAACCAUCAAAAGCAAUUGAAGCAGAAAAAACUUGUGCCAUCAAAUUGUGGGAUUGAUGCAAAAUUGAAAACACCACCGAAGAACGAUGCUUGUAGAAAUGGUUCUAUCAAAUAUGCUGAAUACUUGGAUCUCGACGUGGUGCUUCGAGGGCUCGAGACCGGUGGCCUUUUUCAAGGCAAACUUCGUGUGAACGCGAUGUACCGUAUGGAUGGCUACAUCAGUGUAGAUGGCUUUUCAAUGGAUGUGCUGAUGAAGGGGAUGCAAGAUCGUAAUCGUGCACUUGACGGUGAUUUAGUAGCAAUUAGAUUGCGUCCAGUAUCUGAAUGGAAACCUUUGAAUGACGACAGUAAGUUGGGAACACAUGCUGCUGAAUCGAAGCCAAUGUCUUCAAGUGCUGGAGUAGACCAGAACGCGUUGCAUUCGCUAUGGCUCCCUAACGUGCAGACAGACCAGUGUUUUAUCAAGACAUCGUCAGACAAGGAAGACUAUGUUAAUAUGCUAGAACAGACUAAAGCUUGCGUGAACGAGCGCAUUAAAGAGUCUCGCCGCCGUCCGACUGCGACUGUAGUGUACGUUCUGACUAGAGGCAACGCGAACGGUUUUGUCGGAUCCUUAGAAGCCAAAACCAAAGUGAAAGAUACGAAUGUGCCACUCGCAAGCGAUGACAACUACGCCUACUUCAAUGCCGAUGAUCUUCGUCUGCCACGACUUAUCCGCAUUCCGAGGCUGCAACUUCCAGACGAGUUCAUUAGCCACCCUAUGCUAUAUUCGAAGACAAUGCUUUGCUUUUGCCGAAUCAAAGCGUGGCCAACGAGGCAACAAAGUCCGACGGGCGAAUUUGUAAAGACAGUCGGAGAGUACACAGGAAUUGAAACUGGCAUAUCGGCAAUUUUGUCUAAGCACGGCCUGCAAGAGCACACGCUGGAUUUUGGCAGCUCGAUUUUGAACGAGUUGGAUGAAAAGUAUGGAACGAGCGGUGAGAAGUGGGAGAUACCGGAAGACGAGCUUCAGAAGAGACGGGACUUUCGUGAGACUCAAAUCUUCAGCAUCGAUCCGUAUAAUGCACGCGAUUUAGACGACGCGCUGCAUAUUCGUGCACUCAACGACGGUCGCACGAAAUUUGAGAUUGGUGUCCAUAUUGCAGAUGUGACCCACUUUAUCGAGCACAAUUCAUUAUUAGAUCUUGAAGCUCGAUCUAGAGGCACCAGCGUCUAUCUCGUCAACCGUGUGCUGCCGAUGCUGCCUCGUAUCCUAUGUGAGAAACUAUGUUCGCUGCAACCGCAAGUGGAUCGGCUGGCGUUUUCAGUAGUGUGGCAGAUGAACCUAGAUGGCACCCUCGUCGAGGGCGUGGAUCCGUGGUUUGGAAAGUCCGUGAUUCGCUCAUGCUGCAAGCUUGACUACGGAUCGGCGCAAAAGAUGCUCGAUGGAGUUAUUACUGGUGAGAAUGUGGAGGAGUGGGAAGAGGAAAGGCGUCCAAUUAUGGGUGCAAACCCUAAUAUCACUAAUGCUACCGUGGUCCAGGGCGUAAAGGACUUGUGGAGCAUUGGGAAAAAUCGUCGCGCGAUGCGUUUCGAGACAGGAGCGGUGAGCUUGAACGACGUGAAGCUUGUCUUUUCGUUGGAUGCAAAGGGGAAUCCAAUUCGAUACGGAUCGUACGAGCUGAAGAACAGCAAUCGGCUGGUAGAAGAGUACAUGCUGUUGGCCAACUACCUCGUUGCUCAGCAAUUACUACGUGCGCAUGGUCCACUAGCGUUCUUGCGGCACCAUCCUCCGCCGGUUUUGCGGUCAAUGGAUCAAACACUGGCAAGAUUAGAGAAGAGCGACAUAAAGUUGGAUGGGAGCUCGACGAAGCAACUGACAGAGUCACUAGAGCGCAUUCGUCAAGAUUGUGGUGAAACAACAUUUGUCAUCGUGCAAGCGUUGAUUAUUAAACCUAUGAAGCCAGCAGAGUACAUGGUGGCAGGCAAUGGUGCAUGUCCAGAUUCCUGGCGCCAUUACGCACUGAACAUUCCGUACUACACACAUUUCACAUCUCCCAUUCGCCGAUAUGCCGAUGUGGUCGUACAUCGGCUUUUGCAGGAGAGUUUAGUGGGUGCAUUAUCUUCAAACAAGGACGCAUCCGAUUGCUCAGUGACUGAGUCUAGGAUGGUGGAGCUUACGUCAGUUGCUCAGAACUGUAACGAGAAGAAGAUGACGUCCGAGAAUGCGGAAAAGGAAUGUGACAAUGUGUUUUUGUGUGCAUUUAUGCGGCAUAAUGGGGAUACUGAAGUAACUGGUAUUGUGGUGAGUAUGGGUCAAAAGAGUUUUACAGUGUACAUUAUGGAAUUAGGAAUCGAGCAGCGUCUCUUUCUUCAAGAACUUGAUUUGACUGGUUCCUGGAAUGACAAAACUUUGGAGCUCUCAAUUGAAUUACCAAGUAUGCAAAAGAUGAUGGGCAAGAAAGAGGACAGUGCAAAGAAUAGGAAUCAUGAUGCUAUGGACAUGAAGAUGUCAUCACAAUUGAUUGUCUUGUCAUUUAUGAAACAACUUCGAUUGCGCAUGUCAACUACUAAGAAAAUGCCAUUGAUGCUGACAUUUUCAGUUCUUGGCGUCAAAAAGAACUAG